AUGGUGAUGUCUCUAGACAAUUUAAGGGGCUUUGCAUUAGCCACAUCAUCAAGUGCUUUUAUUGGAUCUAGCUUUGUGAUCAAGAAGAUUGGCCUGAAGAAAGCUGGGGACGUUGGGGUAAGAGCAGGUUGUUCUGGAGGCUACUCAUACUUGUAUGAACCGUUAUGGUGGAUAGGAAUGGUAACUAUGAUUCUGGGCGAGGUGGCCAAUUUUGCAGCAUAUGCAUUUGCGCCAGCAAUACUUGUUACUCCUCUGGGAGCAUUGAGCAUCAUAUUUAGCGCAGUGCUAGCACACUUCAUUUUGAAUGAGAGGUUGCAUAUGUUUGGCGUGGUUGGUUGUGCAUUAUGUGUUGUUGGUUCAGUUGAUAUAGUUUUGCAUGCCCCGAUGGAAAGAAGGAUUGAUUCAGUUAGCGAAAUAUGGCAACUCGCAACUGAACCAGGUUUCAUAGUCUAUUCUUGCUUGGCUGUAGCUCUUGCACUUGUUUUAAUGUUCUGGGUUGUUCACCAUACCGAGCAAAGAAAAAUGCUCGCGUAUGUUGCAAUAUGUUCACUAUUUGGGUCUCUUACGGUUAUCAGUGUUAAAGCAGUGGCCAUUGCUUUAAAGCUCUCAUUUAACGGAGUGAACCAAUUUGUCUACAUCCAAACAUGGUUCUUUAUUUCUGUUGUGAUUAUAUGCUGUUUAGUGCAGCUGAAUUAUUUAAACAAGGCCUUGGAUUCAUUCAAUACAGCUGUGGUCGCGCCUGUAUAUUAUGUGAUGUUCACCAUUCUUACUAUUCUUGCGAACAUGAUCAUGUACAAGGACUGGGACUCUCAGAAUGCAACACAGAUAGCAAGUGAGGUGUGUGGGUUUGUGACGAUUGUUGCGGGGACAUUUCUUCUGCACAAGACCAGAGAUAUGGGGAACACACAACCUGACUCAGAUUCUCUGAGAGCGGACUGUGAACUCCAGGAGCAUAGCUAG